CUGAGAUCGUUUUCAGGCUUGGGUGUGAGCAGCCCCCGUCUGCGCAUGCCUUAAAACGCGCCGGAAUUCAAUUCCCUGAGCGGCGCCGCUAGGGCCGCCAUAUUUGGGUUACGGGUGCUCGCAGAGGACAAACUUCCUCUCGUUUUGCCGGUGUCUCCUCUUCCCUCGGAAUGAGGCAAGACUUAAGAGAGGCGCUAAAACUAGGUCCAAGGUAGAGAGAGGCUCCGGUUAGAGUGAAGGAAAUAACAAGGAUCUUCCCGGAGAAUGGCGGUUGAGGACCUCACACGCGAGACGCUGAGGGACGGGCGGAGUUUCGCCGAAGUUCAGUUGGGCGAUGCCAACUUAAGGGUGUGAGCGGGGUGGCAAGGAACUGAGAUUUGGAAGGAACUACUCGGCGGAGGCCGGGAGAGUGGGAACCCGAAGGGAGCGGACAGUCGCCCACAGCCCCACUUCCUUUCCCCAGCGCGUCCGUCUCCGGCCAUGAGCGGGCUAGUGCGCACCGAGCCGCUGCGCGGGGAGCCUCCUCUGCUGGUGCCCGGCGACCGCUACUCUGUGGUGGUUUUGCUGCAGGGCUUCGCGGAGCCCGAGGGGGUCGGCGACGCCGUGCGCGCCGACGGCUCUGUGACCCUUGUCCUGCCCCAGGCCUGGGGCCCGGCCUCCAGCCACCGAGAGCCCCCGCCCGAGGGCCACGAGGCGAAGACCGCCCUGGAAGAGGCGGCCCGUGGCCCCAUCCUCGUGGACACCGCGGGCCCCUGGGCUCGAGAGGCGCUCCUGGGGGCCCUGGCGGGGCAGGGCGUGGCCCCGGGAGACGUGACUCUAGUGGUGGGGACCCACGGACACUCGGACCACAUCGGGAACUUGGGGCUGUUUCCCGGGGCGGCCCUGUUGGUCUCGCACGACUUCUGCCUCCCCGGGGGCCUCUACCUCCCCCACGGGCUGGGUGAGGAGCAGCCACUGCGAUUGGGGCCGGGACUCGAGGUGUGGGCCACGCCGGGCCAUGGUGGCCAGCGAGACGUGAGCGUGGUGGUGGCUGGCACGGCCCUGGGUACCGUCAUGAUAGUGGGCGAUGUGUUUGAACGCGAGAAGGACGAGGACUCGUGGCAGGCGCUGAGCGAAGACCCGGUGGCCCAGAAGCACAGCCGGAAGAGGGUCCUAGGCACUGCCGACGUGGUCGUGCCUGGUCACGGAGCCCCCUUUAGGGUGAUCAGGGAAGCCUUGGCGCCAGAGACAGAGGGUCUGGGGAACAGCCGACCAGAACUCAUGAUCGGCGACAAGGAGCCCAUGGUGCAUCGAUAAAACCCAGCCUUGACUUGAUUCCUUUCAGGGACCCCAGGCCCCAACCCCCCAGACAAGGAACUGGCGUCUAGGACAUGAGAGAACGUGUUAGAGAGGACUCCUGGGUAGUCACUUCCAGCCUUCCCAGGAGGCCAGUUCUACAGCGAGGACAGAGUGCUUUGGUCACUGCUGUCACCAAUACCACUAGGACCAAGGACUUGGCUCAGCUGUGCGCCACAUCUUGGGCUUCAUUAGUAAAAUGGGAGAAUGUUCUUGGGAGAGUUCCAAAAUAAAAGUGAAAACUGCAUUGAAA